UCUUCCUUUUCCCUAUCUAAGCCGUCGCCAUGAAGGUCGAGCUGUGCAGUUUUAGCGGAUAUAAAAUCUAUCCCGGCCACGGCCGGCGAUACGCCAGGAUAGACGGGAAGGUCUUCCAGUUCCUGAAUGCAAAGUGCGAGUCGGCCUUCCUGUCCAAGAGGAACCCCAGACAGAUCAACUGGACCGUGCUGUACAGACGCAAGCACAAGAAGGGCCAGUCUGAAGAGGUGACGAAGAAGCGCACACGCCGCGCGGUGAAGUUCCAGAGGGCCAUCACCGGAGCCUCCCUGGCCGAGAUCCUGGCCAAGAGGAACCAGAAGCCCGAGGUGCGCAAGGCCCAGCGGGAGCAGGCCAUCAGGGCUGCCAAGGAGGCCAAGAAGGCCAAACAGGCAACCAAGAAGCAGUCAGCUCCAAGCACCAAGGCCCCUGCUAAAGCUGCACCCAAGCAGAAGAUCGCAAAGCCCAUGAAAGUCAGCGCACCUCGCGUCGGUGGAAAACGCUAAGCGGCAAACUUAUGAUUUGGUUACCAGUUAUUAAUAAAAACCAUUAAACAUUUUCCAGCUUUCUCUGA